GGGACUGAAAACCAAGUGAGGAGGUGGCUAGGUUUUGUUGUUGAGUCAUUGCUGAAUAUAAGAAGCUGAGGUGCAAUUAUCUGGGAGGUGCAAAGUGAUCUCGUAUUCUGACUGAUUUCCUUGAGUUCUUGGUAUGUUGCUGAGCGCUGGUUAUUCUGUGGACUGUGAAUAAAGGACUGCUUCGUACCACACCAGUGAACACAGGGAGGACAGAAACCACAGAUAGAUCCUGAACAUCACUGAAGGAACAACUGCCCAACUGUGAGAAGGCAGCCAGUCCCUUCACAGCAUUACUCAGCCCAGAGAACUUUUCCAAAGGUUCAACUGUUGGCAACUGAUGAGGGUGAGGUUUGGAAGAUGUCUGCCACUGUUGCAAGCGUGGGGACAGCUUCAUUCAUUCAUUGAGCUUUAUGAACUGACUCAGGCCGACAGGUGAGAGGCUGUUUAAGCGCGAGGAGGGCUCAACAGGCUCCGAAGAUUUCCUAACACGCAAGGUGCGUCUGUUGUGUGACUGUGAACACAAGGACGGCUACAUGGAAGAGAAGCCUUUCAAGUGUGAACUGUGCGACAAAUCAUUCUCGUGCUCAUCUCACUUCCUGAUCCACCAACGCACUCACACAGGGGAGAAGCCAUUCACAUGUGAGGUGUGCGACAAAUCAUUCUCUCAGUCAUCACAUCUCCACAGGCAUCGACGCAUUCACACGGGUGAGAAGCUGUUCAGCUGUGAGAUCUGUGACAAAGCCUUCACCCAGUUGUCCAAUCUCCUGGUCCAUCGGACAAUCCACACAGGGGAGAAGCCCUUCAAAUGUGAGGUUUGUGAUAAAGCUUUCCCAACAUCUACGAGGCUCCUGAUACACCAGAGCAUUCACACAGGAGAGAGUCCCUUCAGGUGUGAGUUGUGCGACCAAGCUUUUACACAGUCAUCAGCGCUCGUGCAACACCGACGCGUUCACACUGGGGAGAAACCAUUCAAGUGUGAGGUGUGUGGCAAGUCGUUCUCACGCUCAUCUCAUUUUCGCGCACACGAGCGCAUUCACACCGGGGAGAAACCAUUCAAGUGUGAGGUGUGCAACAAAUCAUUCUCACGCUCAUCAACGCUCCGUGAACACCAACGCCUUCACACUGGGGAGAAGCCAUUCAAGUGUGAGGUGUGUAAUAAGUGCUUCGCACAGUUAUCAGGCCUGGUGAGUCACCGGCGCAUUCACACAGGGGAGAAGAAAAUAUUCACAUGUGAGGUCUGUAAUAAAGAUUUUGAGCAGUUAUGGACAAUGUUGGAUCAUCGUCGUACUCAUACAGUGGGUAGCCAAGCCAAGUCUGCGACUGAGUCUUCCCACAGUCAGUAACGCUCAUAAAGGAAGAGAUGUUUAAAUGUGAAAUGUUUCAUCAAAAGUUUCCCAGGCUAUUGUGAUUCAGUUGUGAGCUGUAUGAUCCUUUGUCCAGUCACUGAGUGAUAUUUGUGAAACAUAAACACAUUCAGACCAUUGGGAACUGUUUACGUGUGAGACAUUUGGCGAGAGCCUGUUGUAUCACCAGCAUGUCCACAGUAGAGAGAAACUAUUCACCUGUGAAAUGUAGGUCAGAAGGUUCACUUGCCAAAGUUCCUGGUCCAUCAGAGGAUCCAUGCAAAAGAGGGAGAUUUACAAUAGAAUUCUGCUGAAGUCUUCAAAUCUUCAGGAACACCUGCUGGUUGCCACUGAAAGCUUUCUCGCCUGUGUCAAUGUUUGUGAGACAGUUUGCACCCAACCCCCUGUUCUUCUGAAGCACCCUACGAUGCUUACUGGUGGGAAACCAUCUAAGCAGCGCAUCUCCUCAUCCAUUCGAACACUCUGUCUGGGAGGAAGCUUUUGUGCGUGAUUUCUGCAAUGAGGCAUUCACACUUCUGGAACAUCAGCAAAUCCACAGGGAGACAAACCCAUCCACAGUGUGAUAUGUACCAGAAUUGUUUCACCUACUCUUCCUUCUUUUUGGGCACACGCUGACAACUUGAUGCAGACUUGGAGCCAAGCCACCUGCUUCCACUGAUCUGAGAAUUGUCCGUGUUGUUUACCCUCCAGAGCUUACACAGGAGAACUGAUAUUACAAAGCAAUGUUUGUCCCAGCAAUGUGUUCCUCAAAACUCUCCGAACAUCAGUCCGAUUGUGUCAGAAUGCCUAUUUAAGUUUUAACCAGAUUGGUAUACGCGACCAAAAGCAGGUAUCAAUACACAAAUAAGCUCCUACAUAAAGUCAGCAUCUUUUCAGUGUAAAAUCAGGACCGAGUCACUCACUGAGUCUCAACCCAGCCAAGAAGGCAGUCAGAUGCUCAGUUAUUAGAAAAAUUUCAGCUUCUGAUCUACCAGAACAAGCACCUGGGAUGAGCACGUUUCAGUGGGAGUAAUUGGGUACAUGAAUAGGAAGGAUUUGGAGGGAUAUGGGCCAAAUGCUGGCAAACGGGACUCAAAUGAAUUAGAAUAUCUGGUUGGCAUGGAUGAGUUGCACCAAAGGGUCUUUUUCCGAGCUGUGCAUCCUUAUGUAUCUAAUUCAUUUAACUUUAGCAUCUCUGGUCUAUGCGGUGGAGAAUCAACCAGGAAUCCUGUUCCUCAUCAGCCAGCCCAACUGGGAAUUCAGGGAAGGGGCAGUUCAUGUCUCGCACUGUUCACUUUCUGGGUCUGCACGUGCUGAAUGGCCCCUCGAACGAAUCAAUGUCUACAGUCUGUACUGUAGCUGAGAAUUGGAGCGAAUCAGCUUGCGGUUGUAGAGCAUGUUAGUAUAGUUAAUCCUCCUAAAAUAUUCCACUGAGACACAAUCAAGCAAAGUAACACCGAGACUUAGAAGGGGAGGUCAAGGAGAGAGAAAGAUUCAGAGAAGAUUAAGGACAGAAUUGUAAAACAUAGAGCUUGGCUUUUAGUGCUUGGGAGUGGAUGUGUCAGAAUGUACCAAUGGCCAAAAUUGAAGGCUGAUCCAUAUCUUAACUCGAAAUAGGUACUUUGGCUUCUUUAAGUCUUUAUUCCUUCGGUUAAUAAUAAACCUAUCAAUUGACUCCCAGUUUCCACAAUGUUUGUGGGGAAAGCGUUUCCAGAUUUCCAGUACCCUUUUGGUGAAAAAAUGUUUACUGACAUUACCCUUGAACAACCUUGCUGUAAUUUUAAUGUAUUUCCCUCUCAUUCUGGACUCUCUCAGCCAAGGAAUGUUUUAUCUCCAACUCCUCUAUCAACUUAUUUCAUCAUUUAAACAUCUCAAUUAGAUUACCCCUUAUUUUUCUAAUUUAAAAGGAUUACAAACUCAGUCUGUCACCCUGAUCUCAUCAUUUAACCCUUUUAACAUGAUGGACAUUCUGGGGAAUCUAUAACGCAUUCCCUCCAAGGUCAUUAUCCUCCUCACUGAGGUGCAGUGCCUGCAACUGAGCACAGCUCUCUGGAUAAGGUCCAAAACGAACUCUGUACAGCUGAACAAAACCUCCGCAAGGACACUGUUGUAUUUGGUGAAAGGAAGUUGCGGGUUACCUUUUAUCUUUAGGAUGGUUGAGGAGUAAUGAUCAGUUUUGGCAGAGGAAACAGGACCAGGAGUGAUUGAUGUGAUCAUGUCAGAUCUGGUGAUGUUUGGAAAGACCAGUUGUGCACCAGAUACACUCAGAACUUAACCUCCAGGACUUAAGAAGCAACGAGACUCACCAGGGUAAAGGAAGUAAAGGUAAUCUUUGGAAUAAGGCAUUGGGGAUGAAUAUAAGGAAGCAGUUAAACCAGAUUCCUGGCUCCAGAAUUACUGUGCUGAAUGGAGGAUUGAAGGGCAGAGAGUUAGGAAUUAGAACGCGCUGUCCAACUCAAAUCAGGUAAAAAUGUUUUUGCGGAAAUGGACACUGAUUUGUUGACUCAUGUGGCUGCUAGCUCUCUGUAACCAAAUGUAACCACAUUUAUAUUAAACAAACAAGCUUGUGCCAGUAAAGUUCAGUGUAACUUUCACCAUCAGACUAAAGGUCUGCUAGACUAAAGGUCUAGUGUGACAAAGGUUUUAAAGACUAUAGUACUCUGAGAGUUUAAUAUGAUAUGUGUGAAUGAGAAAGGUGGACCAUCUUUCAGACAGGUUAGAAUCAGAUCCUACUUUAUUGGUAUUUCAGUUUAUUCAUCGAUGGAUGUGAAAUGUCACUGGUUCAGCCAGCUUUUUUUAAAAUCAAGGCUGGUACUUAUUACUGUCCCUAAUUGCCCCGGAGAUGGUGGUGGUGCUGAGCUGUUGUUUUGAACUGCUCCAGUCCUUCUGAUACAAGGAUAGUCAAAGUGUUUUAGGAAGAGAAUUACAGGAUUUUGACCCAGCGACAGUGAAGGAGCAACAGUCUAGUUCUACAUCAGGAUUGUAUAUGUCUUGGAAGGGAACUUGCAAGCUGGUGGUGUUUCCAUGCAUCUUUUGCCCCAAUCCUUCUCAGAGGUAGAAGUCACAUGUUCGGAAGGUGUUAUCACAGGACCCUUGGUGAAUUUCUGCGCUGCAUCUUGUAGAUGGUACACACUGCUGCUGCUGAGCGUCUGUGGUUUUGGGAGUGAAUGUCACAGCUCGUGGAUGGUGUGCCAAUCAAGCAGGUUGUUCUGUCCUGUAUGGACCUAGUACAGCUAGUUCCAUAGCUCAGGUCUUCGGGACAUUUGCUGGAAUGUUGACAGAGCCCACAGCCUUCGCAUUAUCCAGCUUUUAACUUUAUCUUGAUAUCACAUGAAGUGAAUCGAAUUGGUGGAAGACUGGCAUCUGUAAUGCUGCAGCCCUCAAGAGUGUAUUAUCCAUUUGCCAUUUCUGGCUGAGGAUGGAUACAAAGGUUUCAGCCUUGCCUUAUCACUGAUGUACUGGGCCUCUCCAUUAUUCAUGGUAGGGAGCACGCAUCGCCAGCGAGUUGCUUAAUUGUCCCCCUCCAUUACGACUCAAUGUGGUAGAACUGCAGAGCUUAGAUCUGAUAUGAUGGUUGUGGGAUUGCUUAGCUACAUCUGUUGCUUGUUUUCUCUUUUGUUUACCAUUGCAAGAAAUAGUGUACUGUAGCUUCAUUAGGGUGACACUUCAUUUUUAGGCACGCCUGAUGUAGUUUGAGGCUUGCCCUCCUGCACACUUCAUUGAACCAGGGUUCAUCUCCUGAUUAUAAUAAUAGAGUGUAGAAUAUGCCAGGCUGUGAGAGUACUGAUUGUUCUUGAAUACAGUUCUGUUGCUGUUGGCCCACUACACUUCACGGACGCACAGUUUUUGAAUUGCUUGUUCUGGUUCAAGUCUGUCACGUUCAGCACGGUGAUACUGCCAUUCAGUGUAAUGAAGGGUAUCCUCAGUGUGUAGGAAGGACUUCAUCUCAAAUAUGGCUGUUACUCAUACCAAUAUUGUCACGGACAAAAGUGCCUGCUAGUCCGAUUGGUGACAACAAUACUAAGUUGAUAUUUCCCUUUUGUUGGUUCCCUCACUAUUUGAUACAGAUCCCAAUGAGCAGCUACGUCCCUUUAGGACUUGGCCAGCUUGAUCAGUGCUGCCAAGCCACUCUUGAUGAUGGCUGUUGAAGUCCCCCAGCCUUGGGUGCAUGCUUUGUCCUUGGUGGAUUGAUUAGUCAGGCCCAGGAGCACAGUAAGUGGUAAUCAGCGGGUGGAUUUCUUGCCCAUGUCUGACCUGAAGCCAUGAGCUUUCAUAGGGUUUGGAGUUAAUGCUGAAGACUCCCAGCACAAUUCCCUAACAACUGUAUUCCACUUUUCCACCACUGCCUGGUGGGUCAGCCUUUCCAGUAGAUAGGAUACUCCCAGGGAUGGUGAUGGUGGUGUCUGGGACAUUGUAAGGUGCAAUUCCAUGAGUACGACUGUGCCCGGGUUUUAUUUGACUAGUUUUUGAGACAGUUCUCUCAACUUUGGCACGAGCUCCCAGGUGUGAGGAGAAGGAAGACUUGGCUGAGACAGGGCUGAGUUUUCUGUUGUCAUUUUCAGUGCCUUGCUCAGUCAAGUUUCGUUUCUGUAUUUAGAGUUCUCUGGGGUCAAUACAACUGAGUGACUUCUUAUACUAUAGAAGAUAAUAGAAUCACUACAGUGUGGAAACAGGCCCUUUGGCCCAACACAUCCACACCGACCCUCAGAGUAUCCCACCCACACCCAUUCCCCUACAACCUACCUAAUCUACACAUCCCUGAACACUACAGGCAAUUGAGCAUGGCCAAUCCACCUAGCCUGCACGUCUUUGAAUUGUGGGAGAAAACCCACGCAGACAGAGGGAGAAUGUGCAGACUCCACACAGACAGUCGCCUGAGGGUGGAAUCGAACCCAGGUCCCUGGCCCUGUGAGACAGCAGUGCUAACCAUGUGCCACUGUGCCACCCCAAGGAAUCACAUGUAGGCCAGACUAAGUCAGGAUGGCAAAUUUCCUUCCCUAAAGGAUAUUAGCAAACCAGAUGAUUUUUAUGACAAUCAACAAGUUAGUUUUUAAUUAGGAAUUUAUCGAAUUAAAAUUUCACCAUCUAUCAUGAUGGAAUUUAAACCUAUGUCUCAAAAACCAUGAGCUGGGGCUCCGAAUUACUAGUGCAAUGACAUUACUGCUGCACCAUCCUAGAGAUUAUGGACAUAUCCUCUGGACUGCUGUUCAGUCAUUAACAAGUCCAGGCAGCAAGAAUUGGAGGGGGCUGUUGUGCCUAACUACCAGCUUCUCUGUUGUGGUUAUGUGCAUGCCCUGGAGAGCAGAUGGUGUCCACUGGUAUGUUUCAGGCCUUCCAUCAAUAGUGGAAGCUAUGGGCUAAGUUACGUCUACUAUACCCUGAUUUCACCCAGGGUUUAAAUGUUUACGUUUCUUUUAGAAUGUUGAUUUUUUUUAAGUGUCCCUCAGGGGCUGCCUGCCUUCCUCAUUGUUUUAAAGUUUACUUAUUCAAAGUAAUAGAUCUUGUUCUGGUGAUGGGCAUUUGACUGAUACCAUACAUAAUGCUUGUAUUCUCCUGAGUAUGGUGAGGGAGUAGGGGUGAGGCUGUAUCGAUUCCCUGAGCUUAUCAUAACUCAAUAUUAAAAUGGUGUGACUCUUCCAAAAUUAAUUUCAUGUUUCGGUAAGAGCUUGAGUCUUGUUCAACUGCUUGUGUUAUUUUAGUUGAUUCAAAGUUUGGUCUAUUUUAAAUAUUGUGACAUUGUUUGUUGCUUUAUCAAUCUUCUAUAUAGGUUUAUAUCUCAAUAAAUUCAGUUUUUUUUCUCUUGAUCUAACCUA